UAGUGAAACAGAGUGUGCACUAAUGAAGUAUUAUGACUUUACAAUUGGGGUGAUAUGCCACGACGGAACUAAAACCAUAAUUAACGGAAGUAGCGAAUAAUUCUUACUUGAGAAUUGGCAAUUAUCUUUAAAAGAAAUUGGCAAAACACAAUGGCUAGAAAGUCGCUUAUUCAAUUUGUCAAACAUUUAACCAAGUCUUCUGCUGAACGACAUCCCCAUCCUGCUGUUCCGUUUGCUUUACCUUCUAGCUUCUUUUCUAAGGGGGUAACAUCUUCUAAUGGUUCCUCGGAAAGCAAUUUCAUUGCAAGCGAUAGAAAUGAACUCUCACCGCGUUUUCAUCGUAUGCCAGUUAGCGACCUAGAAAUGAAUAUUAUUGAAUCGGGUGGUGCUUCUGUCUUUUAAAUUCUAUUACAAUACCCCCUUUAACAGAGAAUUGGUUACGUCUAAUAAAUUACUUUAUGAUCAGCAAACAUCAAUUGUCUAUUUUGAAUUCGAAACAAAAUUAAUAAAUAUAUUUAGUUAAAAGAAAGACGUAGAAUCCCUAUUAAAUUGAGGAAUAUUUACCGUGAAUAUGCCAAGAUGAGGCCGAGACUUUAUUAAGCUGACGUACGAUUGGGAAUAUUGCAAUAAUACAAAGAAAGAUAGAAAGGAAU